UACAGUACUCGAUGUUCGGAAAUGUCAGCCCUAGAGAUCGGUUUGUCAAAUUAUCCCCAAUAGUUAGUAAGCGAUGGUUUUACAUUCACGUUCAAUGAAAUCAAGAUCUUUUCAUUUAGAAAGUGAAAACAUCAGAGGUGAACUAUUAAUAUUGAAAUGCCGCUCCAGCAAUAGUUUAUCUUGUGAGAUCGAGGUGUAUCCUAGAUCUACUCGGAAGAGUGUUUUUUUAGUUCCUUUGUCAUUCUUGGUUGUGGUUGGAGCAACAUUUGUCACUUGGUGGAUUUCAGAUGUUCAAUCCACAAGUAGUACUUGGCUGUUUGCUUCAUGUUUACUUGGUCUAAUAAUCCUAUGGAUUAAAUACAAUUACUUUGAUGUGAUAAAAGAAUCUGUGACAGUAGUAAAGAACAUUGGUAUUCAAAUCAAAACAACAUAUAAAUCAGGAAAACAGGCUCUAAAGUUUGUUGACCACAAGUCUGUUGCAGACAUCAUUAUCAAUGAGGCCAUUACAAUGCAUAAGGUUAUUUUCUAUGUGGCUAUCUUAACAAGAAAUUCUGAAAACACAAAGAAAGAUUUAAAACUUGUACCAUUAUUUACGUCAUUUUAUCCAAGGUUGGAAGGCCUAAAGCCUAUCUAUCAUUCUAUAAGAGAUAUCAUCUUUAAUGACCAUGACCAAGAAGAAUGGCCAGGUCAUUCAUUAAUUGGACUAAAACAUUCUGGCAAAGUUAGUUGACAAGACUAGGAGAAGUUUGGAAGAACAGGAGCCACAUGAAAAAUGUGAUUUUCCCCAUUUCUCUGGAUUUUUUUCUACUAUUGGUUGGGAGAGUCGUGUGCAAGAGAACAACCUUUUCUCUCACACCAAAAUUGGCUUGUAGCGUCACUGGGAUAACRAACAUGGCAUUGUAGUUAUGUACAGUGCACCAGUUUCCUAAAGCUUCCUAUAUUUUAGACCAUGUGUCAUUCCCUAGAGCAUAAUGGUUGUGCAUGAGAAGAAAUGUGAAUAGRGAUGCAUUUCAAACGAAGAAUCCUAUUCUUAAGAGAAAUGACACGUUCUGAAAUACCUGGCCCUGACAAACUGAGGUCUGUUAGCAAGUGAUAUCUUAUCUACAGGGCUGGGGAAGUCCAGUAACCCAUAAUGAUUUGGAGUCAUUAAGUCAGCAACUGGAGCCUCCCCUUCCUACAUUGUAUAUUUUGAACACCCAAUCUGAAGAGGUCUCUUCAAACUGGUUUAAAUUUAUGUUGCAACAUAUUUGAAUGUUGAUGUAACCGUGUGCUUUGUGCCACUUUCUUUCAUGCUCUUAUGGGGAAGCUUUUUAGGAUGCACAAAUUGCAACAGGUUUGAGAUCUUCUUUGGCACUAUUACUUGCAAUAAAAUCUCGGUAGGCGCUCCUGUAACUUAUAUUUUAUAUUUUUUACAACCAUCAAUCCCUAGCUGUAAGAGACUAUUUCAUGAGGUUCACUCCACAUGCAUAAAUACCAUGACUAUACAUUCUAUAUUUCAUUGGAAGCACAGGUGGGGUAGUGGUGAGAGUGCUCUCCUCUCACCAAUGUGACCCAGGUUCAAGUCCUGCCAUGCUCUAGCCUCCUCCGCAGGCUACUCCAUAUACAUGUACAGUAUUCUAUAUUCUCUGUUGGGAUCCCUGUAUUAAAUUUUAUGGCAGAGAAGAACUAGGAACAAGAGAGAGGAGGAGGAGUGGGAAUGAGGGAGGGAGAGAAAAAGCGAGAGGAGUAGCAUCUCUUCUUCUUUUUUCUCCCUCCCCUCCCCCUUCCCCCUUUGUCUUUUUGUCCUCGCCACAGGAAGCCUAAGGAGCAAAAGGAGAUGUCUGCGGAGGAGGCUAGCCAGGCUCUAUGUUGUAUCUGUUGAGUAUAAUUGUUGCUUGGUUCUCUCCUGUGCUAUGAAUAAUUUUUUUCUGGGUUCUCCUGUUUUCCUCACUCAGUAAGAGACAGGAAAACCRUAGAACCUGGAGCUGGCAUGGGAAAGUACAACACAUCAAACAAACUCAAACUCGCAUAURCAGUUCAGUUGGGACUCAAACAUGUGACCCCAGCCCUGAACUACUGUGGUGUUAUUGGUAAURAGGUUACACCUUUUAUGAUUAUAAACUUUCUAGUUACUGCGGUUUUCAAUAUUCUUUGAACUCAGAUAUUUCAAUGGCUUGUUGUGAAAUCGGUUUUUUACUCCUGCCAAUUUAGAACAUAAAAGGUACUGACUGAUUAUUUAUGAUCGAUGGCAGUGAAGAAAAAAAAWAWUUUCAGCAUGCAGCUUGCCAAGUUCUGAAUUACCGAGUUCGCAGAACAUCAAAACCCUAGUCAGUAAUUUUCAGUAUCCAAGACUAACACAGUCGACUGACUUUUCAAAAUUUUUAAUUUGAUAACACAGCUAGUUCUAUAAUUAUGUGCAUUGCAAUGAUGAAAUAAUCAAUUAUUGAAGUAA